AUGGGAAGACCACCUUGUUGUGACAAAUCCAACGUCAAGAGGGGCCUCUGGACUGCCGAGGAGGACGCAAAAAUACUUGCACAUGUAUCCAACCAUGGGAUUGGAAAUUGGACCUUGGUUCCCAGGAAAGCAGGACUCAAUCGAUGUGGGAAGAGCUGCAGGCUUAGGUGGACUAAUUACCUCAAGCCUGACCUCAAGCAUGAUAGCUUCACACCUCAAGAAGAAGAGCUCAUUAUAAACCUUCACAAAGCUAUAGGGAGCAGGUGGUCUCUAAUUGCAAAACAAAUACCUGGAAGAACAGAUAAUGAUGUCAAAAACUACUGGAACACCAAGCUGAGGAAGAAGCUUUCCAAAAUGGGAAUAGAUCCAGUUACCCAUAAGCCAUUUUCACAGAUCCUUUCUGAUUAUGGAAACAUUAGUGGCCUCCAAAACAGUACUGGAAGCCAUGGAUCUCUCAAUAAAAACAUAAACUACGUAGAACCCUCUUCAGUCCUCCUCACAGGAUCAUUUCCGAAUCCUGACACGAUGAUCAGAAGGCCUAAGGCAGAGCAGGUUUAUGAUAACAUCUCGAAUGAAAACAUUGCCUCAUGGGACUGCCCAUCUCAGUUUCAUGUCAUUAACCAAUUUGAGACCAUCCAGCCACAGUUCUUUAGUGAAGCUACCUCUUCAUCCUGUUCAUCAUCUUCUUCUAACGUUACACAAUCAUCUCAAGCGCAAAUUCUGCCAUCUUCUUCCUUCAAUUGUAAUGAGUUUCUCCUCAGUGACCCUCUCCCGUUCCCGGGCUUUCAGCAACACCAAGAUCGCCAUUUCCAGGGAGUGAUUAUGUCAUCAACCAACUCUUCAACUUUAGCACAAACAGUACUCCAGCUAGACUUUGCCAGUGAAAAUGACUGUGCCUUCAAUCAAAUUAGUCAAGAGGGCGGUCUUGGUCUUGAGAGUGCAUUUGAUUUUGGAGGUCAAACAAACCAGAGGUCAGAAACUUCAUCUUCCAUGACUUCAUUUGUGGAUGCUAUUCUGGACAAGGACAGCGAGAUGCGGGCAGAAUUUCCAGAUAUUUUAGAUGGGUCUUUUGAUUUAUUCUAA